AUGCCUCCGAAGCGUGGUCGCAAGACUCCGGCUGUCCCCGUGAGGGGCGGGUGGGAUGUGCUCCCGCACAAUAUGGGCACAGUGCCCGCUAGCACCGGCGUUCGUACACCGGCCUCAAAGGAAACUCGAACCGAAACGCGCGCUGAGGUCGCCGAAGAGGAUCAGAUGGAACCUGUCAUCGAUGCCACGGUUCACCAAGGACGACAGCUUCGACCGCGCAAGGCAGGGGUUGCAACUGAGUCCGUCAUAGCUGUCGCCCCAGCUGAUGGCGAGGGUCCAAAGGAAACACAAACUGAAACGCCUGCUAAGGCAAUCGAAGAAGAUAAGGAGAAAUCUGUCAUUGAUGACUCGAUUCACCACGGACGACAACUUCGACCGCGCAAGGCACGAGAUGUAGCUGAGUCCACUUUUACUGCCAACCCAGCUGCUAUCGAAAGGGGCACCAAGAAGCGCAAGCGACGCACAGUCAUACCCUGGGUCGAGUCAGAUGACGAAGGCGAAAGAGCCGAUCAGGUCCCGAAGCCGAAGGCGCAGAGGCGCAAGCCCACAAAGAAGCCCGACAUCGACCAAGACAUUAAAGAUGGCGAUGCUGAGCAGAUCGCCGAACCAAAGAAGCGGAAGCGCCAGACUGCAAAGAAGUCCGACAUCGUUGACAUUGACCAAGUCUUUGAAGAUGACGAUGUUGAUCAGGCCGCUGAACCGAAGAAGCAGAAGCGCCAGGCCGCAAAGAAGCCCGACAUCGAUGAACUCUUCCAUGACUUUGAAUAUAACAACGCUGAGCAGGCCGCGAACCCAAAGAAGCGGAAGCGCCAGGCUGCAAAGAAGUUCGACAUCGACAACGUCGACCAAGACCUUGAAGAUAACGACUUUGAGCAGGCCGCCAAACCGAAGAAGCGAAAGCACAAGGCUACAAAAAAGUCCGACAUCGACCAAGACUUUAAAGACGACGACGAUGAGCAGGUCACGAAGGCAAAGAAGAAGCCCGCAAAGAAGGCCAACCCGUAUGGCUUGAUGCCAGGACAGACUCCGUUUCCUGACCAUGAAGCGCCUACCGCAGAACAGUGUGAAGAGGUAUACCGACUCCUCGCAACACUGCACGACGAUGUGCAACCUCAAGCACCUGAGGUCAUCCCUGCACCUUCUCUAGAAGUGACUGGAUGUGGAGAGGUACCCUUUGUCUUAGAUGCUUUGAUCAGAACCCUGCUGAGUGGCGCUACAACCUUUGCGAACGCAGCGAAGAUGCUCACAGGCCUGAUCGAGAAAUAUGGUGUCCUCGAGGAAGGUCCCGGCAAGGGAAGCAUUCACUGGAACAAGGUCAGACUGUCGCCGAUGGAGGAGGUAGCCGCUGCUAUUCGUGCAGGAGGUUUGGCCACCAUCAAGGCAAAGAGCAUCAAAGCCAUUCUCGACAUGGUCCAUCAAGAGAAUGCCGAGAGACGCGCAGCCUACAUCGCCGAGAAGGAGACCGGUCAACAGGCAAAUAUCUUGGGUGCCCCUGAGAAGACUGAUGGCCAGAAAGAGCUGGAGAUCCUGAAGGCUGAACAAGACAUCCUCUCGCUCGACCAUCUGCGUGGCUUGUCGGCUGAUGAAGCUAUGCAGGAGUUCAUCAAGUAUCCCGGAGUUGGCGUCAAGACUGCAGCAUGCGUCAUUCUGUUCUGCCUCCAGAUGCCCUGCUUCGCUGUGGACACGCAUGUCCACAAGUUCUCGCACUGGCUUGGCUGGGCUCCGGAGAAGUCAACUGAGAACCAGGUGUUCAUGCACCUGGAGGUCCGAUGCCCCGAAAAGCUCAAGUAUGGCCUUCACCAGCUUUUCAUCCGACAUGGCCAAACUUGUGGCAAGUGCAAGAGAGCAACGGCUGAGGGUACAGAGGAGUGGAAGGCUAUUGAGUGCCCUCUCGAACACCUCCUCGACAGAUUCGAUAAGCGCCAGACCAAGGCCCUGCCGAAGCCCAAGAAACGAGUCAAGACCGAGGACGAGGAUGUCGACGUGAAAGAAGAAGAGGCGAAGGAAGAAGAAGAGGUGAAGGAAGAAGAGGUGAAGGAAGAAGAAGAGGUGACGAAAGAAGAAAAGGAAGAAGAAGAGGUGACGAAAGAAGAAAAGGAAGAGGAAGAUGCACAGAUGGAGGCAGGUGCCCAGGCCAGUGCGAGCCUUCUCCUGGUUGCAUCUUCUUCUGCACAUUCUGAGUAG